AUGGGUUCGGGAAGUAGUGUACCGGCUCAAUCACGUAAUAUAGCCGGUGGCGGUAAUGGCGGUGGCGGUGGCGGUAAUGAAGCAGGAGUUGAAAAUGGUGAACAGCAAAAAGUUGAUCCACGAUUACCAUAUCCAAAUUUUCGGGAAUUAUUCACAUUGAAGAAUUAUUGGAAAACUGUAAGGCGAAAUGAUCGUGAUUGCGCCAAAAUGAUAAUUGCUAAAUACUUACAGCAAAAUCCCGAUAAUAAGGAAAAAUAUCCGAAACUAAAAAACAUUGACGUAAAUACGGUGAGUGCUGCAACGGCGGAUUCUGGUUUUGAAACAGUCGCAGCUAAUUAUUUAAAGGUAUUUGAUGAUGUAAUAACAACCGUUGAAGAAAAACCAGCGGACGUCUCGGAUGCUUGUUCACGGCUUACAGCUGUCGGUAAAAUGCAUAGGACAAAGGUAAAUGGAAUGGAUGGUAGUGAAUUUCAAUUACUUGAAGAACCAUUUUUAUCUAUGAUCAGUGAAAUAUUGCAAGAUCGUUACAAUGAUAAAGCGGAAAAUUUAUUUAGGAAAUUUUUUCAGUUUUGCCUCAAAUAUAUUCUUGAAGGCUUCAAUUCAUAG